AUGAGCUUCGACCACUUGGUCCAGCCUCUCCCCAUCAAACAAGACGAACUCAAGCUCAAGCGACUAAUCGAGCUCUUCGAGUUCCCCCCUAUAUCCGAAGACAACAACGACAACGAAACCCCUGACCAACCCUCCUCCUCCUCCUCCUCCUCCUCCUACUACUACUACUACAACUUUGCCUGCACUCACUGUCUCGAAGAAGACGACUUCAACAACAAUAACAAUAAUAACAAUAACAAUAACAAUAACGACAACACUAGCAUCUACAGCACAACACCCCCCUUGUCAGAAACCUCAUUAACCUCGACAACAACAACAACCGACACAAUGGCCAUUCCUUCUCCGAACCUCCGCGAAACAAUCUACCCUGUGCUCGCCUCCCUCCCCCACGCGGCCUCCUCUACCGAACCCCUCGAGGCCUGCUUCCACGUACUUGACCUCCCCGUGCGCAACCGCGUGCGCACCAUGUCCUCCUCUUCUCGCGACCCCUGGAUCCGCUGGCUCAGCUACGCGGACCUAUCCUCCCCGAUCCAUGCCCGCCUCCGUCGCAUCGCCAAGUCCUCGGCCCUCGAGCUGCACCCUGUGAGCGGCGAGAUCGAGAUCGAUUGGGCCUCCCGGGAGAAUGUGUUGGUACGGUUCAGGCGGCGCGACGUGGAGACGCUGGAGGCGAUGGUCGUGCUGCGCGAGGUGGAUGGGUUGUGGCUGAAGCUGGUGUGGGUCGAGGAUGAUUGGGAGACGGCGGUGCAUCGCAACGGGGGGGGACGUGGUUGGCGCGUGAGGGAGGUCGGUGCCGCUAGUGGGGGCGAUAUCCCCGCGGUGAAAGAGGUCCUGGAGGAUUUUGGCGGGUGCGUGAGCAUUGCCGAGGCGGAGGAAAAGUUCGCUUCUUCCCCGGCCCCUGCUGCGACUCAGACGAACGGGGCUCAUCCUACCAUCACCAUCCCCAUCGUCCAGGGACCCACCUCCGAGACCAAGGUUACCGUUGAGAACCUCGAAGAUGCCGCCGAGUCCUCAGACGACGAUGCCUACUGGGCGCGGUACGACACCACCCCCGGUUCGCGGACUCCGCUGACGGGUAACGCCCGUCAUCGUUCGCCGGCUGCUCCGCGCUCUGUUCCUGUGAACAUUGCUAGCGCUUUUGCCGGUACCAACACCACUUCUUCCAGAGAGAAAGAGGAGGAGGAGGAGGAGGAGGAUGAGGAUGCCUACUUUGCGCAAUAUGACGAUGUCCAGCCUGCGAUGGACCACUAUGAUGCUGAGGAGGAAAAAAGGUUUGCCGAGAGUAUCCGGGCUAAGUAUUUUGGUUGA